AUGAAGGACUUGGGUCCUCUAAAAUAUUUUUUGGGCAUUGAGGUUGCUCGAAGUUCUGCAGGAUUGUUUUUGUGUCAACGAAAAUACACUCUGGAUGUUAUUUCUGAAACGGGCUUAUUGGGAGCAAAACCAAGUGGGUUUCCAAUUGAGCAGAAUCAUAAAGUUGGCUUGGCCAAGGGUGAGUUCCUUGCAGAUCCGGAGUCAUAUCGUCGCCUUGUUGGGAGACUUAUAUAUCUUGCAGUCACGAGGCCUGACUUGGCUUAUUCAGUUCAUAUAUUAUCUCAGUUCAUGCAAGCCCCUCGUGUUGAGCAUUGGGAAGCCGCUCUUCGUGUUGUUAGAUAUUUGAAAGGUACUGCAGGACGAGGAAUUUUGUUGAGUGCAGAUUAUGAUUUAACUCUGGAAGGUUGGUGUGACUCUGAUUGGGCGGCUUGUCCUAUCACUCGUCGUUCUCUUACAGUCUUCUGCAGAGGCCAAAUAUAG